UUGUUGAUUUCAGUUUCUGAAACAACUUUUACCCGCAAGUUUUCAUCAUCUUUUUUUGAUUUUUUUGAUACUCAAGAAAAAAAUAUAGACACAAGAAAAACCUAAAUCUCAGUUGAAACUUGUGAUUACAUCUUUUCUUGAUUUGGAUUUCUAUUUCAAUGAGGUUGAUUCUCACAUUAUUAGGUUAAAAAUUUCUGUGCGAAUAUCAUACCUAUUUCUCGAUUUUUCGCCUCCGAAAUUGGUCUGGUGAUUGCGGGAAUUCUCUUCUUCACAGGUAAACCAAGCAGUUGCUGAUAACUUUUCAUGCUGCGAUUUUUUCCUGCAUGCCAAGCAGGGGCAAAGAAAAUGGCAAUUUUUCGUGGAAGGACAUUGUUUUUGAGAAAAUUUUCAUCUCUCUCGUCUCAUCCUUUACGUGUUUGUAUAGUUGGUAGUGGCCCUGCUGGUUUCUAUACUGCUGAGAGGUUACUGAAAGCACAUCAAAAGGCAGAAGUUGAUAUUAUUGAUCGAUUACCAACGCCUUUUGGAUUAGUUCGCUCUGGAGUAGCACCUGAUCAUCAAGAAACCAAGAAAUUUGCAACAGGUUGUGAUCAAUCAGUUUUCACGUGUUGGAUUGAAUGAAAGGUGCUCAUUUUUUGGAAACGUAAAUCUCGGGUCUUCGGUUUCUCUCUCUGAACUUCGCGAGAUGUAUAAUGUGGUGGUGCUUGCAUAUGGUGCCGAAAGUGAUAGAGAUCUGGGUGUUCCUGGAGAAGGUUUGGCUGGGAUACACUCAGCUAGAGAGUUUGUAUGGUGGUAUAAUGGGCAUCCGGACUUCAGCCAGUUAAAGCCUAACUUGAAGAGUGCUGAGACAGCAGUAGUUCUUGGUCAGGGUAAUGUUGCUCUUGAUGUUGCGCGUAUACUUCUAAGGCCAACAGCCGAAUUAGCAACAACUGAUAUUGCAAACCAUGCACUAGCCUCUCUGCAGGAAAGCUCUAUAAGAAAAGUGUAUUUGGUUGGGAGACGUAGACCAGCACAAGCAGCUUGUACUGCAAAAGAAUUGCGUGAACUUCUUGGCAUUAAAGAUCUGUAUGUUAACAUUCAAGAAGGCGAUCUUAUUAAAUCACCAACUGACGAGGAAGAACUGAAGAACAGCCAUAUUCAAAGACGAGUUCACGAGUUGCUCUCCAAAGCUGCAAUUUCUCAACCUCAUCCUGUUCCAGGGCAGAGAGAACUCCAUUUUCUGUUUUUCCGAAGACCAGAUGAGUUCUUGAGUUCUCAUGCUGGAAAUGAUCAAGUCGCCGGUGUAAAUUUUGAGAAAACAGUUCUUAAAGAAAAUGGUGAAUCUGGUAAACAGUCUGCUGUGGGUACUGGCCAAUUUGAAGAAGUAGAAUGCGGGAUGGUGCUGAAAAGUAUUGGCUAUAAGUCCGUGCCUGUUGAUGGUUUGCCAUUUGAUCAACGUAAAGGUAUCUUUCCUAACUUUAGAGGCCGAGUUCUAAGCAAUGCAUCAGUUCUUGAUAAAGGGUUGUACGUUGUGGGUUGGUUGAAAAGAGGACCCACUGGGAUAAUUGGAACAAACCUCUACUGUGCCAUAGAAACAGUUGACAGCAUAUACGAAGACUUGGAACAAGGAGUUUUGACAACACCAACCACGCCAAAGCCUGGCAGAGAAGGGCUUCUUCAGUUACUUGACAGCAAAAAUGUUAAGUUUGUGCCACUUAGUGGCUGGGAGAAGAUCGAUAUGAAAGAGAAGCAUGAAGGCAGUCAGAAAGGAAAACCAAGAGAAAAGAUCACCACAUGGAACGAACUAUUAGAAGUUGCCCAUGCCUAAACCUUGGCCAGGAAUGACAAUGCUAUAUCUGACUUCUGAACUACAACUGUGAAUCCACUUAUUUUUUUGCUGAACCAUAACUGGUUACAGAAACAAGUUUUGGACUAAAUUUUAUACAAAUUACAAUUUAUAUCUAGUCA